AUGGUUGUCUCGGAAGUUAUUGCCCGUAAAGAGCGUUCACCAUUUGCUGAGACAUCUUCCACUGAUCAUCCUGCAGAAGAUAGUGGUCACGCAUCAGGUCGUCACCGGGUGCACAACUCAUCCCGUCGCUCUAGCAAUCAUCGAUCACGGGAUCACCAUCGCUCCAGGUCGCGCUCGCCUGACUCUCCUCGCUCUCAUGAGGGUGAGGCAAAUAGUCACCGUAGAUGGAAACCUUUUGAUGUAAGCCAUCAAACUCCGGAAUUUUGGGAACGUCGGAGGUCUACUCGCGAACGAGCUGGGGCCACAGAGAAUUUGAAACUUUGGCCUCCUAGUCCACCUAAAGCCGAUUCUGAAGAUGAAACAGAGGCUCCUUCUGGUCCUAGUGCUCCACCCCAACCUUCAAAGGAUGACAAACUUACCGGUUCAUCUAGUGGAGAUUCGGAUAGUUCCUCUGAUAGUCGGCAGAAGCAUUCGAAAAAAAGACACCACAAAAAGCAUCAUUCCUCCAAACGAAAGGAAGACCAUGAGAAUUCGAAACACAAAAAGAAGCACAAGAAACACAAAAAGCACAAAUCUCGUAAAGAAAAACAAACCGAUAAAAGUCACCGGAAGCAUCGUCAUUCGAAGCGCGAAUCUUCUGCGUCAUCUGAUUCCUCAGAUUUCGAGUCUGAAUUUGGCUCUGACGAGGAAGAUGAAAAAAAGCAGUUCAUGCGCCAAAUGAAAGCCCGCAAGAAAGAACUAGAGUUGAAACGUGCUCAGGAGGAGGAAGAAGUUGGCUUUAUUGGUCCUCAGCUUCCUGUAGCAGAGCAUGCACUGCUUCCUCUUGAUUAUGGUCGUGCCCUACUACCUGGCGAAGGUGCCGCGAUGGCUGCCUAUAUUGCCGAGGGCAAACGUAUUCCUCGUCGUGGUGAAAUCGGUUUGACCUCUGAUGAGAUAGAAAAAUUCGAAGCACAAGGAUAUGUGAUGUCCGGUAGCAGACAUCGCCGUAUGGAGGCAGUCCGAUUGCGAAAGGAAAAUCAGAUCUAUUCUGCCGACGAGAAGCGUGCAUUGGAGCACUUCAAUUAUGCUGAACGUGCUAAGCGAGAGGCCAAAUUGCAAGCUCAAUUCAAAGCGCUCAUUAAACGAAAGCUGGAGGAUAAACAGUCGUCGGCUAAUUAG